GGGUCAGAGUUUACCUAACACUGAUGAUGUCAUCGUCUGAAGAUGGCUGAGGGAGAAGGCUGGUGGGGAGGCUGGCUUCAGCAGAGCUUCCAGGCCGUGAAAGAUAAGUCAUCUGAGGCCUUAGACUUCCUUAAGCGAGACCUGACAGAGUUCUCCACUGUGGUACAACAUGACACAGCCUGCUCAAUUGUGGCUACGGCUACUGCUGUCAGAAACAAACUUGCAGUGGAAGGAUCGUCAGAGACCACAGAGAAGGUGAAGAAGAGCCUCUCUAGUUUCUUAGGAGUGAUAACAGACACACUUGCUCCACCCCCUGAUAAAACCAUUGACCGCGAUGUUAUCACAUUGGUGGCAACGGCGGCAGGAACCACGGAGGUUUACGACAGUACUAAGGCACGUCUCUACAGUCUGCAGGCUGACCCUGCUACAUACUGCAAUGAGCCUGAUGGUCCUCCAGAGCAGUUUGACAACUGGCUGUCCAGCUUCAGUUUGGAAAAUAUGAAAGGAGAAAUCUCAGAACAUUUGGUCAACAGUCCCUCUAUACGUGCCCUUUAUACCAAAAUGGUGCCAGCAGCUGUAACCCAUUCUGAAUUUUGGGAGAGGUAUUUCUAUAAAGUCUUCCAGUUGGACCAGGAGGAGGCACGGAGAGUGGCACUGAAGCAGAGAGCAGAACAGAGUACACACACAGAGAUCCUGGGCUGGGAGGAGGAGGAGGAAGAUGACUUUCUUGGCACCCCAUCAUCAUCUCAAAUCACUUUUACACCCCCGUUGGAUAACAGUUCAACCCAUCUUCCCGAAACCUUGACACCUCCCACAGGAACGACACUGCUGAGUCCCGUCCUAUCUCCAAGCGAAGAGCGUGAUGCCACCCUUUCAAUCAGCAGUGACAGCGUCAGCCUGCCAACGCAGGUGGAAGUGCGGCCAGAGCCUGUUGCCAUGGAGCUGGCCAAGAAACUGACACAAGCUAGCUUGGAAGAUGUUGUGGACAAGACACAAGAAGAGCAGAGGCCUGUCAAGGUGGAAGCUGUAGCCCAGCCAGAGGUCGCUGUUGAUGGGGCACCAGUAAGGGCCCUAGUCUCAAAAGCUGAGGCGACAAAGGAGGAGGGGCCACAGGACCUGAGAGUGUUUGAACUGAACUCUGACAGUGGGAAGUCUACACCCUCUAACAAUGGCAAGAAAGGUUCCAGCACUGAUGUGAGUGAGGACUGGGAGAAAGACUUUGACCUGGAUAUGACAGAGGAAGAAGUCCAGCUGGCACUCUCUAAAAUAGAAACUUCUGGAGAGCUGGAUGAAGACUGGGAAAACUGGGACUGAGAGCCACUGCAAUACCAACCCUGUCCCACCAUUAAAGCUAGUUCUCAGCAGUCGAACCAUGCUUAAUGUGUUUUAAGUCUUUGUCCACACUGUCACCAUGUCAUGAUUGUCAGCAGGGGAUGUUCUGGCAGGUUUGGACCAUAUUGGUAAACCUGUUUAAAAGAGUAAUGGGAAGACUAGGACAAUAAGAAUUAGACUGCUCUGUCAGAUAGGCUGCUAGUGAGGCUAAUGACUCAGGUCUUGUCUGUUUCUUGGAGUAAUUUCACAGUUUGAAAUCAUUCUGACCUUAAAGCUUAAGAACAAGAGGUGACAUGUCAGAAUGUUUCUCAGCAGCAGGCAGAGGAGCUGUUGUCUCUUUUUUCUUUACGCUAUUAAAAACAUUAUCUAUGUUGUGAGUGCAUUUCAAGCCAGGGAGUGAGUUAACUACAGGCUGCACAAUAGCCAUAAAAUGUAAUACUGCGUGUCACCUUUCUAAGAUGAAAUACUAAGUGAUCUUUGAAUACUAAGUGAUCUUUGAAUGAUGAUGAGUCAUUGAAUUGAUUCUACCUGUGGCCCUCUGUUUUUUUUUCUUUUCUCAUCUUUUAUUAUGCAAGUGAAUCUUCAAAAUGAAAAAGCAUUUCUCUCACAGAGCACUUUUCUUUUUGGAUUCACUCCCACCUAGAUAUAUGGCCUUUUAACCCUCCUGUUAUGUUGCGGGUCAAAUUGACCCACAAACAUAACUGCUUUAAAUGAGACAAAUAUUUGAU